AUGUUGCAUGAUACGAGCCAAGUUUCAGUGAACAAAAAUGACAAUAAAACCAAAGAUGCGUUAGGUAAUUCUGACGAUUCUGUAUCUGAUUUAAGUCACGAAUUUGCAUUAUUAAACGAUAAUAAAGAAGCAGCAAAUUUUGAUAUAAUAGAAGAUAACAAUAUACUGAUUCCAAUGGAAAAUACAAUUGAAACUGAAGGUCAGAUGAGAACAGAUAGCAUGUCACCAACAAACAGUAACCUAAAUGAUACCAUUGGCAACUCUGAUGAUAAAAAGAAUAAUGACAACAGCAGCAGUAGUAGCAGUGCUGACGAUGACGAUGACGAUAACGAUGGUGAUGAUGAUAAUAAUAAUAUUGUUACUAAUGAAGAUUAUGAAUAUGAUGACACAAUGGAUAAGCAAAGAGAGAUGAUCACAGAAUUGUUAAAGAAUAAUGAAGAACAAGCAAAAGAAGGUGACAAAGUCUAUAUUAUUCCUCAAUUCUGGUAUAAUACAUUUAUGAAUCCAGAUCUCAAAGAUUCAACACAAUUAGAGCCUAUAAAUACCAAAAUCAUUUCAAAAGAUUACGAUAAUUUUGUCUUAAACGAUUAUGAUAUUUGUCCAUACAUUGCUCUCCCAGAAAAUGUUUUCAACAAGCUUAUGGAAUGGUACGGACUAGAUGAAGUCUCUCAACCAAUUAUGACUUAUUUGAUAAAAGAUGAAGAGUCUAACACCUUGGUACCAGAGUACAAUAAAUGCAUAUUUAGACUCCAUUAUCUAACGAUGAAUCUUUCUCAAAAUAAAUUCCAAUCUACGCAUUAUAAAAAUACAAAUUAUAAGAACAAUGUUGUUUAUUUAUCAUUAUCACGGUUGUCUUCUUUAAAAGAUCUUAUGUCAAAACUUCUGAAUAGUUUCUUUUCCAUUGAAUCGGAAUUGAACAUAGACAAGACAGAUUUCAAGUUAUGGUUAGUUAAAGAUUCAGAAGAAAAUCAACAGGAUAGCGUAUUAAAUUUUAGCUACAGAAUCGAUCCAUUGCAAUUUGCUUUGUUAUCAAAUAUAUCAAGAAUCACCAUUGACACCGCAGACAAAAUCCUAAAGGAUAUAAAUAUGUUUUCUGGGGAUAUUGUGAUAGAGAUUAAACAUUCAAAUUGUAACUAUCAUUGGCUAUCUAACUAUUUUCACUAUAAUCCGAUUCAAAAUGGAGUUGGUAAUGUUGGUUUAAAUAACUUAGGUAAUACCUGCUAUAUGAAUUCUGCUUUACAAUGCCUGGCUCAUAUUCCACCAAUACGAGACUAUUUUAAAUUCGGUGCUUAUAAAAAUGAAAUAAACCUAGAUAAUCCAUUAGGAUUUCAAGGGAAUAUUGCAAAUGCAUUUUCUGCAUUGGUACAAAAUUUAUAUAAAAAUCAAUUUAUUCCAUCGGCUUCAUACGCACCUUCUCAAUUUAAACUAACAAUUGGACAUUAUAAUCAAAUGUUUUCUGGCUACUUCCAACAGGAUUCUCAGGAAUUUUUAGCUUUUUUAUUAGACGGACUCCAUGAAGAUUUAAAUAGAAUAAAAGAUAAACCAUAUGUUGAGAAGCCAUCUCUUGCUGAUGGUAGUGAUGUUAAUGAUUAUAAUAUCAUAGCCAGAUUAGCAGCAGAUACAUUAGAAGCACAUUUGAAAAGAAACGAUUCAAUAAUUAUUGAUUUAUUUGUGGGUUUAUAUAAAUCAACUUUAAAAUGCCCCGUUUGCAAUCAUGUGUCUAUUACAUUUGAUCCAUAUUGUGAUUUGACGUUGCCUAUUCCAGUUGAAUCUGUGUGGAAUUUCAAAGUAAAAAUUUUCCCUCAAAAUUCACCUCCAUGUAUCAUGGAAGUUGAACUUAAAAAGACAAGUACAUAUCAAGAACUGAAAGAAUAUGUAUCAAAUAUUGUUAACAUAGCUUUCGAUAGUCUGUAUGGAUGUGAAAUUUACAACCACCAAGUCUUUAAUUACUUUGAAUCACUGACAUCUAGUUCCAGAUAUUUACCUAUUAAAGAGCUUAUUUCUGAUCUUGAUGAUAUUAUAUUCUAUGAACUCAUUGUAGAUCCUGAUAAGCACAUGGUCUUUCCUGUUUUAAAUACGCUCAUUGAUGGAACAUAUAAAUCACCAAUGCUAUUUGGUGUUCCUUUCUUUAUAGUGUUGCGAAAAGAAGAUUUAAAUAACCCUGGCGCCAUCAGAAAGUCACUUGAAAUAUCAUUUUCUAAACUGAGUGGUGGAUUUGGAAGCUUUCCUAUUUUACUUUCUAAACAGUUUGACCCAGUGACAGAUGGUAAUUUCAUUAAGGAAAAAUAUGACUUAAAUUUAGAUGAGGUUAAAGAUAUUUAUCAAUAUUCCAAUACGAGCGACAAACCUACUGAUUGCUAUUUUAAAAUAAAAAUUAUGGAUAUCACAAAUGACAAAAAAUGUUCUAAUAAGGUAGUUUCAGUGUUAAGAGAAGAAGAGGAUUCAAAAGAUGUAGUUGAUUCAUUACCUGAAGUAUGGAUACCGUCACCCCAUAUUAACGUAAGCAAAUCGGUCGAUAUUACAUCAUUAUUAGACCCAGUUGUGAAUGAUGUGUACGACCUAUAUUCUCUGACUCACGAUACAAAUGAUACGGAUGAGCCAUCUGAAACCAUGAGUGAGGCAAGCUUGAGUCCAACUUUUGAAUCUAACUUAUACACAACUGCCUCUAAGGAUUCAUCUUAUCCUACACCCAAAGAAGGUGGCUCGAUUGAAAAGGCUCUGUUAUUAGAUUCGAAUAAGCUUAUUAUAUGUGAAUGGAAUGAAAGUAGCAUGCGUGAAGUGUUUGAUUUCAAUCCAGAGUUAAAUUGGGAAAAACCAGCACUGAUUAAAAAUGUGGAGUUGGAGAAGACAAGAGAAUUGGGCCAGGACAAAGAAGAGAAAAAUAUUACUUUAGAAGAUUCUCUAAAUCUAUUUGAAAGAGCAGAAGUCUUAGGUAUAAAUGACUCAUGGUAUUGUCCAAAGUGUAAGCACCACAGACAGGCCUCAAAACAGAUUCAAUUAUGGUCAACUCCAGAUAUUUUGACAAUUCAUCUGAAAAGGUUUGAAACACAAGGAUCAUUCAGUGACAAAAUUGAUGAUGUAGUUGAUUUCCCAAUAAAUGGAUUAGAUUUAUCAAAACAUAUUCUUGAUAAAUCUACUUCACAACUGAAUAUAUAUGAUCUAAUCGCAGUUGAUAAUCACUAUGGUGGAUUAGGGGGAGGGCAUUACACAGCAUACAUAAAAAAUUUGAUUGACAACAAAUGGUAUUAUUUUGAUGAUUCCCGUGUUUCUGAGACAGUUCCUGAAAGAAGUGUUGCAGGUUCAGCAUAUUUAUUGUUUUAUAUGCGUCGAACAUCGGAUGGUAAUGUAGGCGGUGAAAAAUUGAAUGCUGCUAUUAGGAAAGGUCGUGAAGAAUGGGAAGCUCAAUAUACAGCAUUUCAAGCCAAACAAAAUGAAAUAUAUUCCAUUAACAAAACAGAUGAUGAUCUAUCUUCAGAAGAAGAAUCAGAUAAUGAAAAUAUACAAAAUGACGAUGACUCUAACGCUAGAGACGAUAAAAGAAAUGAUAUGUCAAUAAAAGUAGUCAACUCUGGUAGUAUGCCAUUGGAACAAACAAAGCUAAGGGAUUAUAAUAUCAAAAGUCUUGAAGUGGGAUCAAACAAGAGCUUCGAUGAUAAUGUAAGCAAGAUAGAUGUUAUUGAAAAUAACUCUGGGAGACGUAAAUUACGUUUACUUAAGAAAAAUUACACUUCAACAGAACAAAUUCCGAGUUCUCCUAUUAAGAACUCUUCUUCGCCAAAUACAUAUAGUGAACUAGCUAAACCUUCAUCAAGCAGUCAUACAGAGUCGGGCUCCGAAUGUACUACCGACGAAGUAGAUUAA